AUGUCCCGACAGCCCGACCAGCCGGAAGGAGUCGACUCCGAGGACAUCUCAGGAAGAACGUCUUCGGAACACCCGAUGGAAGAAGAGGAACAGGCCCAACAGCACACAUACCCCCCACGACCCCCGCCGGCAGUCAUUCGAAACGAAGGAAACCCUUGGGCAACCGGAUUUCGACGUCCCAGGUCUCACACCCCCGUCCCGUCCGUCCAACACAGUAUCCGAGCAGCAAGGACAGCAACCCCCAUCCCCGGCACCAGACACAGUGCCAGAGACUCAUUGGACGGCUCACAGGUGGCUUACGGGACCAGCACUCAGGCUCGAGGAUCCCACCACACGGUGUCGGCAUCAGGAUGGGAUGCCGACCACUGGUCAGAGGUCAACCAGCCAGUACAACGACCUGUUCGGAACUUCGCCGCGGACUUCGCUAAUCAGGCCGCCAGCGACCAGGAAAUUUACAGGGAGAAUGACCUCUUCAGCAGGUAUCUCCGGGCACGGGAACAGGAGCAGAGGAGAAGAGAAGCGGGGAGCGUUAGCGCGACCACUUUGGUCAACACCAGUACCAUCAACUCCCCACUGCCAUUACCCACCCCCUUCGGCACCGAAUCAGACCCAUGGGCAUCCACCGUCGACAUCAUCAUCUUCAGCAACGACGUCCCCAGACAGGAAGAGCCCGACGCUGUCGCCGACAGGCCCAACGAUAGUCGCCUACGAUCAAGCAGAACAGUGGCGACGGACACAGCAGGGGGACAGGCCAAGCAGGAGCCUGGGCGAGAGUCUUCUCCUCGCCCCGGCCCAGAGGACGCUGGACCAAGUACCCAACCACGAGACCACCAGACCGACAACAUACGACCUGGCCGACAUUUCUCUUCUCGAGGGGGAAAUAUGGGACCAGGACGACGAGAUAGGCGGCAAGGUGGGCGACGGGGAAGGAGAUUCAAUCAGGGAGGUUGGGGACCUUCCCUUUGA